AUGUACACGGCGAGGAAGAAGAUCCAGAAGGACAAGGGCCUCGAGCCCUCCGAGUUCGAGGACUCCGUCGCGCAGGCAUUCUUCGACCUGGAGAAUGGCAGCCAGGAGCUCAAGAGCGACGUUAAAGACCUCUACAUCAACGCCGCCUUCCAGAUGGAUGUUACAGGGAACAGGAAGGCCGUAGUCAUCCACGUGCCGUACAGGCUCCGCAAGAACUUCAGGAAGAUCCACGUCAGGCUUGUCAGGGAGCUCGAGAAGAAGUUCAGCGGCAAGGAUGUUGUUAUUGUUGCAACAAGGCGGAUUGUGAGGCCACCCAAGAAGGGUUCUGCUGUUGUUCGCCCUCGUACCAGAACUUUGACCGCUGUUCAUGAUGGUCUUUUGGAGGAUGUUGUGUACCCAGCUGAGAUUGUGGGGAAACGUGUCAGAUAUCGCCUAGAUGGCUCGAAGAUCAUUAAGAUCUUCUUGGACCCGAAGGAACGCAACAACACAGAGUACAAGUUGGAUACCUUCACUGCAGUGUACCGCAGGCUUUGUGGCAAGGAUGUUGUGUACGAGUACCCGGUUGCCGAAACUGCUUGA